GGCCCCACAGCGGACGGCAACAGACGCAGAGGCCGCGACGCUUCUGGGCACCGGGGUUCGAGAGCAACUUCCGUGCAGCCUCCGGCGGGCACCAUGGGGGAACAGCCCAUCUUCAGCACCCGAGCUCAUGUCUUCCAGAUUGACCCAAACACUAAGAAGAACUGGGUUCCCACCAGCAAGCAUGCUGUUACUGUGUCCUAUUUCUAUGACAGCACAAGAAAUGUCUAUAGGAUAAUCAGCUUGGAUGGCUCAAAGGCAAUAAUAAAUAGCACUAUCACCCCCAACAUGACAUUUACUAAAACAUCCCAGAAGUUUGGCCAGUGGGCAGACAGCAGGGCGAAUACUGUCUAUGGCUUGGGAUUUUCCUCUGAACAUCACCUUUCAAAAUUUGCAGAGAAAUUUCAGGAAUUCAAAGAAGCUGCACGAUUAGCAAAGGAAAAAUCCCAAGAAAAGAUGGAGCUAACAAGCACACCUUCACAGGAAUCAGCAGGAGGGGAUAUUCAGUCUCCUUUAACACCAGAAAGUAUUAAUGGAACAGAUGAUGAAAGAACAACUCCAGAAGUGACACAAAACUCAGAACCAAGGGCUGAACCAACCCAGAAUGCAUUGCCAUUUACACAUAGUUCGACAAUCAGCAAGCAUUGGGAGGCAGAACUGGCCACUCUCAAGGGUAACAAUGCCAAGCUCACAGCAGCUCUGCUGGAGUCCACUGCCAAUGUAAAACAAUGGAAACAACAGCUUGCUGCAUAUCAGGAGGAAGCAGAACGUCUUCAUAAGCGGGUGACUGAACUGGAGUGUGUGAGUAGUCAAGCGAAUGCAGUUCACACACACAAAACAGAAUUAAACCAGACAAUACAGGAAUUAGAGUCAACACUGAAGAAAAAAGAAGAGGAAAUAGAACGAUUGAAACAAGAAAUUGACAAUGCCAGAGAGCUUCAGGCACAGAGGGACUCUUUGACCCAGAAACUACAGGAAGUAGAAAUUCGAAACAAGGACCUCGAAGGACAGCUAUCUGACCUAGAGCAACGGCUGGAGAAAAGUCAGAAUGAACAAGAAGCGUUUCGCAAUAACUUGAAGACACUUUUAGAAAUUCUAGAUGGGAAAAUCUUUGAACUAACAGAAUUACGUGAUAACCUGGCCAAGCUAAUAGAAUGCAGCUAAAGGAAAGUAGGAUUUCAGUGCCAAUCAUCUUAAAGAUGCACUGUCUCUCUUCAUAGGACUAUGUUGGGCUCUGCAUCAAAGUUGCACAAAAUUAGAAAAAUGCUUCUCUAAGAGGGCCUGUUUUAAAUUUGAGUAGUAUAUUUCAAUGUAAAAUUUAGAAUUCAGAUUGUAGCUAGUUGAAAAACAAAAAAACUUGAAUUACAAAUUACCUCCUUGUACAUUAUUGGCCAUAGAUAACUUGAAAGAUAUUACCAGUAAUUUAAUGCAAUCCUUUUCUAAUUAUUAGCCACUGGAAGAAUUAGCAGUGUCCCAGGUCACAGCCCCUUUUUGUGUUAGAUACAAUGUAGAUUAUCUGCUUUUUUAUUGAUUUAAGAUAUCUAAUUGCUGUGUUUUGUGCAAAAACUUAGUGAUGACAGCCCUGUCUUUUGUUGUAAUCUUAAUAAUUUCUCAGGAUAUUUUGCACUGUUGAGAAGCAGUGCCAUUACCAAUUAAUUCUUGCCAGGAGUGAGAGAGAAUUGCAUCUUUAAUUGAAACAUAGUUAAAAUAACUGCUUGUAUAAAGUUCUUCCUUUUUUUUAUACUGGAAGAUACUGUAUUUCUUUAAUGAAGUUCACUCUGGUGUUCUAUAAUAUUGUCCAGUGUAUGGUUUACUUUUCCAUAUUAAUUCCAUGUAUUUAUAAUGAGAUAUUGUCUCCCAUUUUGUUACACAUUUUGAAGCCAAUCAACAUUGGCAGGUGAAUCCCUGAGGAAAAAAAAAACUUUUUCAAUUUAAAUUUGGCAUGCACAGGUAAAUAUAAGUAGCCAGUCAUUUAUUACCUGGACUUAUUAAACAUCACAUAUUAUUAGUAUGUGCAGUUUCCUGAAGAUGUUUUAUUAGCCUAUUUUGCAAGAAAUCUUUUCUGAAUGAGUAAUGCAUUUCAGUUUUGUGUAAUAAUGGCUAGUGGGAAAUACUGUUUACUAUAGAUGAUGUGGAUGUGGAGGUAUUACAAGAAGAUUACAUUGAGUUUGCUCAGCCAAGAGAACUAUUUCUAGAAGCUUUGUAAUCACAGCAAAUUGAAAUGGAGACAUGCUUAUUCUGUAUGGGUCUUCAUAUCACAUUUUUCUCAAAACCACACCAGGCAAUAUUCUGAACUGUUAACUAGGUGUUUAAAAACAAGAAUUGAAUUCAAUAAUCCUCAGUGAACAGGUUUUAAAGUUGUUUUGAUGUAAUUUUAACAGACUUUUGGCAAACAUGCAUUUCUUUAUAUACAAUAUUUAUUUUAAGAAAACUCUUUGAAAGGUAAACCAAGUGUCAUAUGUCUGCUUGCUGAAUGGGGAUUGCAUCAAAGUACAUUCUUACCAUCAAUUGCCUGUAAUGUUGGAGAGGGCUUUUUUAAAAUGUAUGAAUGAGUAUCAGACUCAAGAGUCUAAAGAUGCACUGACCUUUUGUUUGCGCCCCAUAUUAAUUUGAAUGUUAAACAAAAAAAAUACUUAUUAAAUUUGUACAAUGGACAAUUUUCUCCAUUUACAGACUGCUAUUCAAAACUAGAAAAUAUAAGUCUGUUUUUAUGUGUGUACUCUGUGUAUAUACCGUAUAAUACACACACGUUCUAAUUUAUAUUUGAAAGAGAGAAAAAUAUAUUAUUUAUUUCUAAAAAUCAUUUUUCUUUACCAGUGAUUUAUCAGGUGUCUCCUGACAAGUCAGGAAAAAGGUUUAGAUAAAACACUAAACCAACAUGUAUUAUACUGUAUGUACUGUACACACCAUUUAAGUUUCCUCCAUAUUUUUAAGGUAUUUUCUCACCUAUUUUAUUUAUUAAGGGGGGGAAAAAGCUUAGUUGGGUGUGCUCAUGGUUGAAAACUUUCUGUGGUGAGCUACAUAUUUUCAUUUGGUGGAUUCUGGAUGAUGAUAUGAGUAACUUCGUCCAGUCCAGGUGAGCAGAGAUCACCAGGUUUUAAUUUACCUGGAAGUAUUUGGGCUGAUUCUCUUGUCACUUACAUUAGUGGAAGCCACGAGCAUCUUCCGUGGUGCCGGUGGCAUUAUACUAGGACUAAACUGGUGUAAGGGUGGGGAAAAUCAGGCCCAUUAAUACUGAAUGGACUUAAGUAGGAUGAAGUAAUAAUGUAAACAAUAGAAUGUUGAUGGCAAAACAAUGUAAUAUUAUUUUUAAUGAUAUUAUUAUCAACAUUUUUAAAAAUCUGAUGUCAUUUACAUGUGGGAAAAUAGCUAAAAAAAUAUUUCCACUUAAAUUUUGUGUAUAUGUGUGGUACAUAAGUAUUUCUAUGUAUACGUACACACACACAUGUAUGUACAGUACAUGGAACAAUUUAGAUGUGCACAUUUUUAAUAUUUUCCUAUUGAAAUUAAAUUUAAAAUUGGAAAUUAAUAUUUGAGAAUUUCUUUUCUCAUACAGUAGAGAUGCUUGAUUUCAUUUUUUUUAAAUAAUAAAAUCUGCUGAGGGCUGCACCUUUAAAUUCCCAAAUAGUCAUCAAACAUGGAUAUGGGAUAAGGUGGACAUAAGUGCACAUAUAAAUAAAAUCCUAUUGUUAAGAGUAUUUUAAAUGUUAAUUUACAGUAGGUAAGUGUUUAGAAAUAGUAAUCUAAAGUUCAUAUUUAGGUGGUUAUACCUACUGUAGCCUCUCCACUUCUGUAUCAAGAUACUAGUUUGCAUAUUUGUAAAAUUAAUUUUCCCAGAGACAGGUAUUAUGCAUUGUAUUGAUCUUUAGAGGAAAGCGUGGGAAUAUAUAUGCCAGAAAGUAGUAAUGGGUACUGGAACCUGACAAUUUUAACAGAAACAUACACAGGAGAGGAGAGCAAUCACAUUGUGUAUAACUUGUUAUAUGACAACUAUGGAGUCUUGUAAAAAAUGCAAAAAAAAAAAUCCCAACAAAAACAAAAGAAAAAACAAAAAUACAGUUUUUAUUUUGAAAUACACUUGCUGUUCUCUGGAAAAUGUACUUUUUCUCUUUAUUUUUUUCUUAAAUCUUUUUAAAGUAUUAAAACAUGUGCAAAUGAUAGCAGCAGUUACCUUAAUCCUUCAGGUGCUACUGGAUUUUGCAUUAGCGUGUCAUGUUGUGAAAUCCUGACUUCGACAUAAAAAGUUUUAUAA